GCGGAGGCGGCGCGGGGCGCGGCCGGCAUGGGGCGAGCGGCGCUGGCCGGGCGCCGGCGCUGAGGCGGCGCCGAGACCAUGGGCUGCGGCGGGAGCCGCGCCGAUGCCAUCGAGCCGCGCUACUACGAGAGUUGGACGCGGGAGACCGAGUCCACCUGGCUGACCAACACCGACUCGGACGGGCCGGCGCAGGAGGGCGGCGCCGCCGAGCCCGGCGCGGGUAUUCUGGAGGAAGGAAAAUCAACUCAGACCUGUGUAACCAUGUCCUCGAGUGCAUGUGGAAUGCUAAACACCGAGAAGAAAGCUAGCUGUGGUACUCAGUGUUCAAAAUCUACACUUCAUGCUACUGGAACUAUGACACAGAAACAACAUGGCUUCAGAACAGCAGAGGCUAAAUGGGACACAAAGAAAAUGCCCACAAAAGAAGUUGCCAUUAAUGUUACAAAAAGCAUCAGACAAAUUAACAGCGACAGAAGGACGACAAAAAAUUGUGUCAAUUAACAGAGCAAAACAAAAGUGAGGAUGGACCUGACAAUACUUUGUUGCACUUUAAGUGUGAUUGAUCAUUUAUAAGAUUUGAAGAUCUCAAGAUGUUCUGUGCUGAAUGCAAUGGGCAGCUGCUGCUGAGUGCCUUGAGAAGUGUCUUACCUAGUAGUAAACAGCUGCAGACAUUGUAGGAUGUUUGGAUGCGUAAUUUUAAGUGGCAGAGACAGUUUGCAUACAGCAAAAAUUGUGCCAUUUUUUCCUUUCCUAGUCCUGUGUUCUCUGCAUGUAGGUUUCCUGUCCUGCAUUGCUUUAGGGAGGGAUUAGACAAGUAGAGCUGCAGUUCACUCACUUUAAAACAUAAAAGAGUAAUUAAUCAGUGUUAUUAAUAAGUAGCCUGAAAUGUUACCUUUGGUUCUGCAAAGUUCAUUUAAGGAUCAGGCUUUCAUAAAUAGUCAAUCCUGGAUACUCAGAAGUAGAGAGAUAGAGCCAGAUAACAUUAUACUGGCUUUUAAACAAUAUAUAUGAUCCUUGAGUCACAUUGUCUUCUGGUUAAAUUACUUUCUUUUGCUCCACUGUCUACAUCAGAAGAGUUUAGGUGUUGAAAGCAAUAAACUUAUGCUGUUAGCAGUCUAAUGAACUUGAAGUCCCUGGUUUUAGCUCACAGUUUUCUGGUUAUAUUCUAGAUUGGAUCUUUUCCACUUCAGUAACUCCAAGCCCAGAGCUAUGUUACUAGAUUCUGUAAAACACCUAUUACUUUAUAAAUAAUCAUACUUCCCAAAAUAAUUUCUUAAUGAUGACAACUGCAAGAAAAUUAUCUAUAUUUGAUAAUUAAACAUAGCUGAUCUGAUAGUGUGUUCUGGCUUUUUCAGUAUGUGGGAAAUGGAUAGAGCAUACAUUUUGACUGCAUUGUUAUGGAUCCCACAUGACUGCAUUAUACAUUUAUCACAAGUGUAUUAACAAAAAGGCAGUGUAUAUGGUCCCAUACAGUAAUUAACACAAGACCCUGUUAAGAAUGAAGUAAUAAAUUAGCUAUAAACUUACUGUAGAUUGAACUUGGACUUCUAUAGAAAUAACACGAGUAAAAUCAUCCACUACACAUAUGAGCAUCCUUAAUUAUAAUUUACAAUACCUGUUCAACAACUUUUGAUAUUUAUAACUGAUAACAGAUGACAGGAGAUCCUCUCGGUAAUGCCUUCAGCUUGAUAAUGGUUAAGGCAAGAAAAAUCAAUUAAAGUAUGAAUUGCAGGAAGUACUUCUCCUUUAUGCCUUGGCAAACAUCUGUAAAUAAAAUCCUGGAAAUGCAACCAAAUUUAUUCCAAAGAAGAAUCAUUUUAAGAAGUUGACAUUAUGUUUACAAGCAUCUACUACUUUACUUGAAAUAUAAGUCUAUGCCAUGUAAAAUGUUUAUAGAUAAGUAAUUAUUUUCCAUUAUUCAUACACAAAAACAAUGUGAAGUCCAGAACAAAUUAUUAUGCAUACAAUAGCACAUGCCUUUUAAUAGGUGAAGUAGAUCUGCCAAUUUUAGCCCUUCUCUUAAAGUUAAUUUUUAUCUGGUGGGUAGUCCUGUGUUGUGCUAUUUUAUACAAGAACAAAAUGGCAUUGGAAAUAAGGUUGUGUAGGUGAAAACAACUGCUAUCUGCAUUUAUCCCACCAGCUUAUGAUUACUUUUCAACUUGCCAAACUGCUGAAGAACAGCAAGAGACCUGGCCCCAUCUCUGAAAGUAAGGAAUGCCUGUAGCACAGGGGUGGGCAAUUAUUUGGGCCCAAGGGGCACUUAAGAAGUUUUGAUGAGCUCUUGCAGGCCAGGUCAGCUACAACCCCCACCAUCCAACUGCGCUGUGUAAGCACCUCCCUCUUCCCCCCAGCAACAGCUCACCAAAACUCUCUAAGUGGCUCUGCUCCAUGCUCAGCUGGGCAGCUGGAAUGGGGCUGCAGGCGAGCAGGGAGUGGCAACCUGGAGAAGGAUAGGUGACCAGGGCUGGGUUCAUGAGGCUGUGCCAGCACAAGGCCAGAGCCCAGGGCAGAGCCAUGAUCCUGCUCCAUGUAGACUGGCUGGAACCGAUGCAGGCAGGGCAUACUUGGCUGCGUGAACAGAAUGGGCCACAUGUAGAUGGAGAGGUUCAUCUGGGAGUGGGAUGGACACAGCUGGGGUUGGGAUCUUGGGGCAGUGACAGUGUGGGGCCGGGACCUGGGGCAGCUCUGCAAUCCCCACACAUGCCCCUGCCUAUAGAUCCAGCACCCAUUGCAGGGAAGUGCAAGGAAUGGAUUGUGGCUCUGGCCCAGGCACUAGCCCCAUGCUGUCACUGCCCUGUGAUCCCAGCCCCACCUCCCCUUCUUGUUCCGAGGUGCCACUCCCUGCCCACCCACAAUCCCAUCCCAUCCACCUGGCCACACACCCUGCCUGCGUGGUAGGUGCUGGGCAAAUGGUCCAGGGUGCCUGGGCAGUGGGACUUGGUCUGACAGCAGCAGCAGCCAGAAGUAGCUGCCACCGCUGCUGCUGAGGCUGCCAGAAGUGGAAUCCAGCCUCCACACCACCCUAGCGCUGCUGCACGUCUUUGGGCAGUGGGACUGGCCCCAUCUGCUGCAGCCUGGGCUGCCCUCUGCAUCUGUGCCAGGCAGGACUGGUGGACCCGCCAGGGGCUGGACAAAAUCCCUUGGUGGGCCAGAUCCAGACUAUGGGCCAUAUUUUGUGCACCCCUACUGUAGCAGCUCAGUUAUUUUUCUUUAGAAAUGGAUGGUCAUUGUUGUCUGUGGCAACAGACAAACCUGACUGAAUACACAAGCUCAUAAAGUGUAUGAGCUAUUGUACAAAUGAAAGCAAUGUCAAACUAAUCACAGAACCCUGCCCAGAGGUUACUGGCAGAGACAGGAUUGUAUAAACCAGUACAAAACAGAAAAGCUACAGAAGGCAAUCAGCGUGAUGCAUAUAUAUCAGCUAGUACAUGUCAGGGAAUGAAUGCAUCUAAAGGGAUUUUUAAAGGAGGAGAAAGCAGGUUCCUAAUGUUAGUGGAGAAGCUAUUUCAUAGAUAGGCCUUGUGAAGGAAACAGUUGAGGUUAACAAACAGAUAGAGUGAACCAACAAUGUUCAGGCAGGGAGAUAGUUUGCAAACUAUGAAUUUCAGUAGAACAGCUGUUUUUUUUUAAACUGCUUGUAUAGUGUGUGUAUUAUUAUUCAAUAAUACUAACUUAUGUUCAUUGAAAAUCUACAUUAAAUAACUGGAGAUACUUGAAUGUGAUAAAACUGCUGAGGUUCAAAUAUGGUACCUACUAAUGAUUAAAUCCCAGAAAAAAAACAGAAAAUUGAGACAUGGGAAAGAAAGGCUGCAAUCUUGGUGUUAUGUGAUAUUUCCAUCACGAUUGUUAUUUGUUUUUCUAGUCUCCUGUACAAGUGUUGGGAUAGUUUUAUAUGCAAACCAUUCCAUAAGUAUUUUUGUUUAGAGCUAGAGCCAAACCAAAACUUUUAGUCCAAAUGUGCAUCAUCUUUAUUGUGAUAAAACCUAUAUUCAAAUUGUCUUGAGCUUGUCUCUCUAAGUUACAACUGACAAAGGGCUAUGGAAAAAAACCCUAUUCCUUUAGAAGGGCAGGCUACUGCCUGCAUCAUAUAUUGUAAUGAUUACUUAGAAAGAUGUCUAUUGUCAUAGCUCAAAGAAUUCUCAAAAGUCUUCAUUCCUGUCAGUCCACGCUUGUCAUUCUGAAGGUGUAUUAUAGAUCACAGCCCAUAACUACCCAUUUAUUUCCUGAUAUUUGGAGAUGCAAAGAACGGUGUGAGAUUUUUUUGAUGUCUUUGGUUUAUUUUAUGUCUAACUAAUCUAACUCAGUUUAUGUUGAUGGCUGGACAAUGGAGAAGGGAAAAGAGAGCAGUCAGACUUCUACUAGACAUGCUGUUCCUACUAGGGGUGUUUACAGUUUUGGCUGGAGAGAUUUGUCUCUGCUGUGAACUGCUGUUUUGAUCCACCCACCAAUAUUCUAAUGAACAAAAACAGGUCUAGGGGAUUUUCCCUUUGCCUGUUUCACUGCUUCUCCUUACUGAGGUAGGAAUCCUUGCUUAGUCAGAGCUGUGACAGUAACAGUGGCCAAACUCAACUUUAUUCUGUCACAUGAAAAUGUUAGUAGACAAACCACUGUUCUUCACUACUUAGAACAGUGGUUCUCAGUCUCUUAGACUCAAAGCACACCUUGGAAAAUGCUGGAUCUGAGUUUUCAGUCAUUUUUUUACUAUGGAAAUAUACUAAUUUUUUUUCUGUUGCAGAGAACUCAGAGAGACUACAAUAGGUCUGAAUGUUUGUGACAUUAGGGAUUCCUAUUUGAAAUCUUUCUAGGUUUAUCUUGUGAUUCAUGUUUGUACUCCUAACAGUUCUAACAUUGUGUAGAGUCCUGUGGCACCUUAGAAAGGGUCUUAAGGCACCCCAGAGUACUAUGGCACCCUGGUUGUGAAUCACUGGUUUAGAAACUUCUUUGGGUUAGAAUCAACAUUUAGCCACCCUGUAAUCAGGAUAAUUUCAGUGGUUAAAGUGCAGAUGUGUUCGAAAAGGUAUGAAGUUGACAUCAUGAAAGGCAUGAAAACGCCUUUGUGGAUUUCCAGAUUUAUUGUGUCUAUAACUAAAGGUACACUUUUCUAAUUGGUAGUCCAGCAAUUCAACUUAGGGACUAAAAGCCAUGCUAUUCUUAGCUCACAUGCUGCCAUCCAUUCUAAAAUAUGGCAACCAUAUCUUGGUUAGCUAUAUUGUUUUUAAACUAGGAGCCAGAAUGAAGUCCAGCUCACUUUCACAGAGCUGUGUUGGUUCUGCAAUAAUAUGAGUUUAAAUCAUAGAAAGAUUUUUUUAAUGGUUGUGCCACUGAAUUGACAUAAAAAUCAGAUCUGUUGAGUGGAGAAAGUGGAGAUACCUCCCUUAGAGGUAGGAGCAUUUCCACUCUAAACUUAAAUUUCAAAGAAUACAUACAUACACACUAAAGUGCAAGUCUUUGUGUUCAUGUUUAGAUAUCUGUGUAGUAGUGGAGUCACCAAAGUUGCCUGUAUUGGGCGAUUUCAAUAUUUCUGUUUCUGAUUAAUUGUUGGGGUUUGUUCAAUAUCUCAUGAACUGGCUCAAAUCCUGAACCUUAGCCUUUAGGGAUUCAAGAACUUGGUCAAAAUGUUCUGGCUUGGAUCUGUGUCUAACUACAAUCAACUUGUCAAAUCUUUUAAUGUAUUAUGGUAUGUUACAGUUCAUAUGAAUUAAAUGCUCUCUGUAACAAAAAUUACAGUAUGCCUUGAACUUCCUAGGACUACUGCAUUAGUUUUACCAAACCUCAUGUUUACUGAACCUCAUGCACAUAUUUAGUUCUUUAAUGGAUCAUUCAUGCUCCUUAUAACUUCACUAGGAAUAAGACUGGACUCUUGAGGAGUAUUACUGUAAGUAUUAGCAUACUCAUAUGAUAACAUGAGGCCUAGGCAAUACUGAGUAAUAUCUUUCUCUGUGGGUAGCCCAGUUGAAGACAAGGUUGUAAUUUGUGGAAUAAUGUACUAGUCAGUGUAAGUAAGAGUCUAGCCCGUAUUGAUUAAUACAGGGUACAUCCUAAUAGUAACAUUUAACUUUUUAUGCUGUUUUAAUGCUAUUUCUGGAAGGGCAGAGACAACGUCUCCUGUGUCAAUUUUGUAAAAGUAUCUAAAAUAAGAAGGUUUGUGCUUAAAUAUAUUACCUUAAAUAUAUCUUAAUAAAUUUUUAUGGCCAGCUUAACUGUUUACCCAGUUACAACAUUGUCCUUCAGAAAAUAUUUAAAGUGAAUGAACAUAACAGACAGGUGCUUUGUGUUUCUUGCUGAUUGUUAUUCAAUAUUAACUGAUAGUAGCUAUGCAAUUGCUAUACCUAGGAACUGUGUAAAAACUUGCACUCAUGAAAAUUUCAAUGAAUUCUCACAGUGCUGACUGUUGCAACCAAUUCUCUUGCUAGUGACUGUCUUCCUGCCACCCUGUCAACAAACGUUUGAUUAAGACAAAAAGAAAAAAUGCACAGGUGGAAAUGUCCAAAAGAUUAAGAUCAGUGAACAAGUAACUGUUCAGAAGGCUCAGAGACAUGAUUGAGGCAGUAAUCAGUUAUUGAAAAAGAUAGAUAAUGCAUUUCUAAUUUUAAAAAAUUAAAAUACCCCACCAUGCACUAGUUAUUAUUAGUAGUAAAUAUUUAGAUAAUGUGUAAACUGCAGUAAAAGACCUUUAAGAUUGAUUGCCCCAUCUGAUGCAGCGUUACUGAGUUUCCUGUUGUAACUGCAUUUUGUUUUCAGCUUUCUGGGUAUAUCUUCUCCAUGAAGAUGUUCUUCAUCACUGAUUUAUUCAGACCAGGAUAUCAUUCCUUGCUCCAUUAAUUGAUUUUUGAUAUUUGGUUCUUUUUUCCCUCAAGAGAAGGGUAUUAAAUGCUUUUGGCCCUGCAGGCCGGAUCCAGACUGUGGACAACCUGCAAGUGUCAGCAAUGAUAUUAGUCCCCACAGUUACCAGAGCCACUGUAUUGGCAUAGCUCUAUAACCCAGGAGGUUAACAAAAGCUCCACCCUCUUUUCCCUUUGCCUCUGAUUUUAGUUGCCAACAGUGACUACAACUCCCAAAUUUAGCAGCAAGUUAGGUGGGGUGAGCAGCAGGAGCAUUAACCCCCCUUGGUUCUGAAGGUGUGCUCAUAUAGUGGUUCUGGCAGCUGAACUGACAAGCCCCAUGAGCCAAAUUUGGCCCAUGAAAGUGGAUCAUCCAGUCCAUGAGAGAGCCUAUAGGCUGGAUGACCCACCCCUGUGGGCCUGAUCUGGCUUAUAAGAUGUAUGUUUGGCACCCCUGCCUUAGGAUGGUGGUUUGCAAGCUGUGGCCCAUGGACCACAGGAAGUCUUCAGGGCAAGUGACCCCUGGAGCCCACUGGUCUCUGUCUGCCUUUGUAGCAUUCUCAAUUAAAAGUGUGCUAAUAAGGGAGAAUGGUCAUCCAUAAAAACUGUUGAAGGUUGACAGUGGCCCACUGGCCAAAAAAUGUAGGAACUGUGGCCUUAGGACAUUACCAUAGCUCACAAUAUACUGUCUAUAUGUGAAAAGUCUGUAUGAAAUUGAUGUCAAGAUCAUUCGUUCAUGCUAACACAAGUUCCUUAACUUGGACCACUGUAGAGGCGGUUUGAAUUCAUGGGUGGAAAUCUGUGUUCUUGAUGAUAUAUGCUUCGUGCACCUUACUGAUCUCAGUGCUGUUUCCAAUUGAGUCAUUUAUGGGAGUGUAAGUCAUGGCAGGUUUGGCUUUUUUGGCCUAUGCAAGGUUAAACUCUGUUUUCAGGUACUUCUAUGUACUCCAGAGUAAAUCUAUGGGUCUGCCCCUAAAUCCACUGAAGCUAAUGACAAAUGAUCUACUGACUCUAGGUGGUGGCCUCUGAAUUUAUAUCCAUGCAACUGAGAGCAUCACUUGACCCUUAACUGUGUCUUGCAUUUAAUGAAUAAUAUGCAGUGUGACAGCCAGUUUAUAGGAGGAAGUGUGGCUUGUCUUGUUAUGCGUUAUAUAGCAGAUCAACUUUUUCUAUAGUUGUCAAGUGCUUGAGCCUCAGAAUGGUUUUGUGCGUAGGUGUGGCCUCUGUAUUUUCAGUGGCUAAAACUGAGCUGUUUGUUUAAAGAGAAAAAAAUAUUGCUAGUCACACAACUAUGGCUCAGGUCUUGGGGGCCAAUGUUUUCCUUACCUACCCCUACAAUCUGGCUUCUUAUGGAGUUCCUGUUUCUGUAGCCAUUGAUAGUCAGGUGACAUGGUAAACCGGUUCAGUCAUCCUGACAUCAUUACCCAGAGGCGACCUUCCCAUGAGAAAACUUUCCCAUUCAUUGUUUGUCAAAGCAGAUGUUAAAAUGUGAAGUAGCUCCAAUAUAGAAAACAAAAUAAUCAUACUAGAGGGAAUUUAUCUCUGAAAGAAAAAAAGCUUCCCCCGCUCUGCCAAUAAUGCCUCUGGCUGCUUCUGUGAUACGAAGCUAGAAGUGUAAUACUUUCCACACUGUUCUUUAAUUGGAAGCACAAUAAAUCAUGCCACUUAUUUUGUUUCUCAAGUCAUUGGUUCUACAGGAAAAUCUGGUCGUGCCUGGAAAACAUCCCUUGUGCAGAAAGCACUUUACCAACCCUGGCCUGAGCUUUGUUAACCAAGGUUUCCCAAAGGAAUUUGUUCUAGUUGUCCAAUCACUUGGAGGACUCCAUGACACAUUGAUGGAAUUUUCUUCUGGGAUAUCAUUUGAAACUGAGCAUAGAAACGGCAUCUGGAUAAUGCAGAGAGGGACUCUCCAAUUACCAGUAGAAAACAAUAGGAAAGUUCAGUCUCACUGUAGGCCAGCGGAGGUCUGUCUGCUUGAUUUGGUUCCUGUGCUUUUCCAAUAUACUUAGCAAUUUCAUCACUGUUGCUGCUUGGAGGACAUACACACUUCUACAGCACAGCUAAGAUGAUUGUUCACUGAAAGUUGGGGAGGAGAAUAUGAUUGUUGUGUAAGCAAUAUGCAAGUCCUAGGUUCAACUUGCAUUUUUGUUCAUUACUUAACUAAGGCCUCACAGAAAACAAGAUGCGUUGAUCUUCCUAGAAUAUUUGUUCAUGUGUACAUGUGCAUGUGUACAUUGUAAUGUCUUUAAUGUGUUCUGCAGUACAUGCAUGUUUUUGUGAACCUUUCAGUUGUUUUUAAUUCUAAUAUGUUUAAUAUUUGAACUGAAAUAUAUUUAACAUGCCUUAUGAAAAGAGCAAGCUGUAUAACAUGUAUACAUUGUUUGAAGAAGCAGGCUUUGUUUUAUUGGGAUAUAAUGAAAAAUCUGUUUAAAUGGAUACAGAAAGGAGCAUUUUGUACUUGGAUUUUAUUUGCAAAUGACUGAGGUUUGACUUUGAAUUUAAAACAAAAAUAAAAAAAAUCUUUUAGACUGA